GCGCGUUGCCCCGGCCGGACACGGCGCCCGGGGCGGAGAUGGCGGACGAGCCGCAGAAGAAGCCGCACUUGUCGGCCUUGGUGGGACACACGAACGGGCUAACCAAGCCCGCCUCGCUGGCCGCCACCGCCACCCGCUCCACAGGAGGAGGAGGAGGCGCGACCGCCUCCUCCAAGAAACUCGUGAUCAAGAACUUCAGAGAAAGACCCAAAUUACCAGAUAAUUAUACUCAGGACACCUGGCAGAAACUUCAUGAAGCGGUGGGAGCAAUACAGAGUAGCAUUUCUAUUAAAUACAACCUUGAAGAGCUCUACCAGGCUGUUGAAAAUCUCUGUUCCUACAAAGUCUCUGCUACACUGUACAAACAGCUGCGACAAGUCUGUGAAGAACACGUGAAAGCACAAAUCCUUCAGUUUAGAGAAGAUUCUCUGGAUAGUCUUUUAUUUUUAAAGAAGAUAAAUAAAUGCUGGCAAGAUCAUUGCAGACAAAUGAUCAUGAUCAGGAGCAUUUUCUUAUUUUUGGAUCGUACAUAUGUGCUUCAGAAUUCAGUGCUUCCUUCUAUAUGGGAUAUGGGGCUAGAGUUGUUUAGGAACCAUAUCAUUAGUGACAAGCAAGUUCAGACCAAGACCAUUGAUGGAAUUCUCCUGCUGAUCGAACGAGAACGAAAUGGUGAAGCUGUGGACAGAAGUUUGCUGCGCAGUUUGUUGAGCAUGCUCUCGGACCUGCAGGUUUACAAGGAAUCAUUUGAACAGAGGUUUCUGGAAGAGACAAAUUGUUUAUAUGCUGCAGAAGGCCAGAGAUUAAUGCAGGAAAGAGAGGUCCCAGAAUAUCUUCACCAUGUUAGUAAACGUUUGGAAGAAGAAGGAGACAGAGUAAUAACAUACUUAGAUCACAGCACACAGAAACCACUGAUUGCUUGUGUGGAGAAGCAGCUGCUAGGAGAACACUUAUCAGCUAUUUUGCAAAAAGGACUUGAUAGCCUGCUUGAUGAAAACAGAAUAUCAGAUUUGACCCAGACAUACCAGCUGUUCAGCCGGGUAAAAGGUGGGCAGCAGAUCCUUUUGCAGCAUUGGAGUGAAUACAUCAAGAACUUUGGGACAACAAUAGUGGUUAAUCCUGAAAAAGACAAGGAUAUGGUGCAAGAGCUGCUAGAUUUUAAGGAUAAAGUGGACCAUAUCAUAGAAGUGUGCUUUCAGAAAAAUGAAAAAUUUAUAAACUUGAUGAAGGAGUCCUUUGAAACAUUUAUCAACAAGAGACCAAAUAAGCCUGCAGAAUUGAUAGCAAAAUAUGUGGAUUCCAAGUUAAGAGCUGGUAAUAAAGAAGCAACAGAUGAAGAGCUGGAAAGAAUCCUUGACAAAAUCAUGAUCAUAUUUAGAUUCAUUCAUGGGAAAGAUGUGUUUGAGGCAUUUUAUAAGAAAGACUUGGCCAAAAGACUGCUAGUUGGAAAAAGCGCAUCGGUAGAUGCUGAGAAAUCCAUGUUGUCAAAGCUUAAACAUGAAUGUGGUGCUGCUUUUACCAGCAAACUGGAGGGCAUGUUCAAGGACAUGGAACUGUCCAAAGAUGUCAUGGUACAGUUCAAACAGUAUAUGCAGAACCAAAGUGACCCAGGAAAUAUAGACCUGACAGUAAAUAUAUUAACUAUGGGAUAUUGGCCAACUUACACGCCUAUGGAAGUCCAUUUAAAUUCAGAGAUGAUAAAGCUUCAAGAGGUAUUUAAAACCUUUUACUUGGGAAAACACAGUGGUCGAAAACUUCAGUGGCAGACCACUUUAGGGCAUGCUGUCCUAAAGGCAGAAUUUAAGGAAGGGAAGAAGGAGUUUCAAGUAUCGCUCUUUCAGACAUUAGUAUUGCUUAUGUUUAAUGAAGGAGAUGAAUUCAGUUUUGAAGAAAUUAAAAUGGCUACUGGUGUAGAGGACAAUGAAUUAAGAAGAACCUUGCAGUCUUUAGCUUGUGGAAAAGCACGAGUGUUGAUUAAAAAUCCAAAGGGCAAGGAUGUAGAAGAUGGAGAUAAAUUCAUCUUUAAUGGUGAUUUCAAGCAUAAAUUGUUUAGAAUAAAGAUCAACCAGAUUCAAAUGAAAGAAACAGUUGAGGAGCAGGUCAGCACAACUGAAAGAGUAUUUCAGGACAGGCAGUAUCAGAUUGAUGCUGCUAUUGUACGAAUAAUGAAGAUGAGGAAGACUCUUGGUCAUAAUCUUCUUGUUUCUGAAUUGUAUAAUCAACUGAAAUUUCCUGUAAAGCCCGGAGACUUAAAAAAGAGAAUUGAAUCUCUCAUUGACAGAGACUAUAUGGAGAGAGACAAAGACAAUCCCAAUCAGUACCAUUAUGUUGCAUAAAGGAGAAGAAAUAGUUUUAUUUAAAAAAAUAUAAAAAGGAAAAAAAUAAAACCAAAAAUCAUAUAUCUUCAGGACACCAAAUACCUAUGCUGUUCCAGACUCUUCUUAGCAGAUUUCCGGUUGAUGUAUAUUAUUCAACCAGCUGCAUGCACUGCUGUGGAAAAGAAGCAAAAUUACAUGUUAAUUGAUCACCUUUGUCAAGACUUCUUACUAAUUUUAAAUGUCCGGGGUUGGGGUUUUUUUUCCCUUUAGUUAAUCUUUUGUUCUCUUGGGUUCUUCAAAAUUUAGUUUUACAGUUUUGUUUAACAAUGCCGUUGAAGUUGGAUGGAAAGGUACAAUCACCUGUGUGAGAAAUACUUCUGUCAUGGCUGCAAGCCUGGUUUCUUCAUUUAGCUGUUCCUAACUGCAUCCAUAAAGUCCCUAAAUGCUGCAUUCUUUAGCUACAGUGACAACUUGGGUAACUUUUGAAAAACCCUUCAUAGAUGAACAUAUAUGUACAAGCAGUGUUGUUGAAAUACAAUGAAGUCUUGCACCAUGAAACCCCUUAAAUUUGUGUUAAUUUUCUUUCAAGUUACUAGAAACUUCAGACUGGUUUGGAUAAAUCAGGUUUUGAAGUGAGAUUCUUGAAGUGCCAAGAGGACAACUGCAUUCAUGUGUGUACUUAGCUGUUGGAUUAUUUAGCUAAAAUAUGGAAUGUUCUACUAUUACUACUUCUGCUGGCUUGGGUGGCAAAGAUCAGAUCUGAGUCAAAGAGGCCCUACCUCAUUUUAGGGCAGCAGGUUUAUUUCACUGUUUCUGUAAUAGCCGAGAUACUUAGUUCUGUCUUGAAAAUAACAUCCAGGGAACCUACUGUACAGCGUGCUUCACUUUAAGAAAACAAAACCUUUUUUUAGAAAAAAUACUUUUAUGGUCUCAAUAUUGGAAAAGCAUAGCUUUUUGUCUUGAAUGACUAAGGAUUUUGUGAGUACUUUGUUACAUAUUGUACAUAUGUAAGUUGAUUUGAAUUAAAGAGUGAAUGACAUUGUAGAUGUUAGAUAACUGUAACUAUAAGGAAGACACCUUUUCUGGUAAUACUGGUAAGACUUUAUUUUCCUCAAUUGUCUUACUGGUAUGUUUCAUUCUGAAAAAGAGCUACCAAAGGAGUUUUGAUUGCUACAUAAAUGAGAAUUUAACUAAGGAAUAUUUUCUUGAGAGAUACCUUACUAAGUUUAUGUAACAUGGGGUUUGUGCAUCAAUUAAAAGGCCACUUCUUAAAGUAAACAAUGCUAUGAGGUGACAGCUUAUGGAACUACAUAUUAAAAGUCCUUAUUCUGUCCUCUGGUGUCAUUAAUUGUAUUGCAUUCUGAAUUAUUUUUGUUCCAUUUGUGUUUAGAAACUAAACACGUUUAGUUUAUUGUAUUUAAAGCAUAUUUAAUAUUAUAAUUUAAUGUAGACUUAUUUUAAUAUUUGAAUCUUCAGUUAAUGCAAAUAAAAUCUUUGAUGCAUAUUAAGUAUUUAUUUCUUAGCCUUUGUGCGAACAUGGCACUUUGGUUUAUUUUUGUGGUUGGUUUUUUUAGUAUUAGUUAUACCAUUCACUUUGUAGUUCACUUUUUAUGUAUAUGGAAACCAAUGAGAUCCAUCUUACCAGACUUCUAAACCAAAGGGGAAUACGUGCUUCACAGAAAGGUAAUGGCCAGAGAGGCUUUAUCCACACUGAAAGCUGGCAGUAGUGUGCAGUAGCUGUGAGAAUGUACUGCAAUGAAUGAGCCCAAAUGUACUGGUUCAGUAGUUUUAAAAAAUAGCUUAAAGCAGUGGUGGUAUCCUAAAGAUGACUGAAAUGGUUCUGCCUCAAGAAGCAAUGUUAAUUAAAAGUGCCGAGAUGUGCAGUUUUUCUUAAUUGCAACAGACCAAGAACUCUUUGGCCAUGUUAUUCUGGUCUAGCAAUUAAAAAUUAGUUGUUCCACAGCAGUGGAAAUUACGAA